AUGGCUGUUGUUGUUGUUGUUGUUGUUGAGGAGGAGGAGGAUAAUGUAGAUGUUGGCCUGCUGGUGGUGGUGCUUGCCCAGGUGCUGGUGCAGCUGGGUACUGUCCCGGCGGAGGAUAAUAUCCCUGAAGAAAAUAUUGUCCUUGGAGGGGCGCCUGGCCUUGCGGGGGAACCUGACCGGGAGGGGCUGCAUUAUAUUGCCACGGAGCACCAGGAGGGGCUUGGCCGUAAGGAGGGUAGCCAUAGCCAGCAGGAGUCUGCUGCUGCUGAGGGACACCUAGAUGAUUGUAAGGUCAAUUUAUGA